AUGAGAAAGGAGUACGAAGUUUCCUUGGCCAUGCUGGCUUUUACCGUCGCUUCAUCAAGGACUUCUAGUAAAAUCACCCAACCACUCACCGCGCUGCUGUGCAAGGAUGCUAAAUUUGAGUGGUCGAGUGAAUGUGAGGAGGCUUUCCUGAUUUUGAAGGAGACACUCAUCACCUCUCCCAUCAUCUCGGCACUAGUGUGGAGCGAGCCAUUUGAGCUGAUGACAGACGCAAGCGACUAUGCCGUCGGUGUUGUAUUAGGACAGAAGGUGGAGUCCAAGCUGAAUAUCACUUAUUAUGCCAGUAGGAUGCUAGACUUCGCUAAAAGGAAUUACACUAUGACUGAGAAGAAACUACUAGUCAUUGUCCUUUCUUUCGAAAAAUUUAGACAGUAUCUGAUCGGGACCAAUACCAUAGUUCACACUGACCAUGCAGCGAUCAAAUAUUUGAUGGAGAAGAAGAAGACUAAGGCCCACUUGAUUCGUUGGGUUAAGAAGCCAUGGUUUGCAGACUUAGCAAAUUUCUUGGCCACAGGACAGUUUUCUACUCACACAAUUUUAAGGAAAAAUGAGCGUCUUCUCAGCUUGGCAAAGAACUAUUUUUGGGAUGAACCUUAUUUGUUCAACAUCGGCUCUGAUGGAAUUAUCCGUCAUUGUGUAGCAGAAUCAGAAGUCUUGUUGACCUUGAAUGAAUGUCAUGGAUCCCAUAAAGGUGUUGAUGCCUUUGCCAAGGCUUGCGACAAGUGGCAAAGAUUAGGCUCUAUCUCGAAGCGAGAUAAGAUGCCUCAUACUGGAAUUUUAUUUUUGGAAUUGUUUGAUGUAUGUGGAAUAGAUUUUAUGGGACCUUUUCUGAAUUCAAAUGGAAAGCAUUAUAUCUUAGCGGCGAUGGAUUAUGUGACCAAGUGGGUUGAAGCGCAAGUGCUCUCUACUAAAGAUUCCCACUCUAUGAUCCGCUUCCUAAAGUACAUUAUUUUUCUGAGAUUUGGGGUUCCGAAGACUAUCAUCAAUGAUGAAGGCACCCAUUUUGUGAAUAAGGCGCUACAAUCUUGCCUUCAACAGUAUGGGGUCACCAACAUCUAA